AUGUCGCACGUGGUGGUGAUCGGCACAGAUCUGAGGAGGGCCACUGUGAAAGUCAGUCCCGGCACCUACAUGACAGACGUUCUUCAGGAGGCCUGCAAGAAGCUCAACUUGUCGAGCGACAAAUAUCUCCUCAAGCACAAACAGAAACAGGUCGACUUGUCCGUCGUCUGGCGCGUGAGCGGCCUCAGCCCCGGCGCCAAACUCGAGCUCGUCCAGAAAUCGAACACUCCCUCCGUCGUCUCAGUCGCCCUCCAGCUUCCAGUACCUGAAGCAAACGCCGCACCCAACGGUCGAUUAAUAGAAAAGCUCCCGAGCGACUUCACAAUAUGGAAGGUUCUUCGCCAGUUCGAGAGCGGCGUGGCCGGCCAGGGCAAGAACCUUAACAUCACGGCGCGUGGCGUCGCGCAGACGACAAGUGGCGGGGCGACAGGCAGCGGCCAGAUGUACUACGAGACUCCAGUUCUUAACAUCAUGGGUCGGGAGCUGGCGACUUUCCAGGACUUCCAGAAGACAUUAUCACAGUUGGGAUACAACUCGGGUAGCGUCUUGAUUCGUCUAUCCUUCAGGAAGACAGAGCAGACCCUGUUCGAGGCUAUGGGGCAGAUCAGCCAGUUCUUCGCCGAGGUCGAGGCUGACGCGAAGGAAAGGAGCCAGGCAGCGGUGGAGGUCUCUGAGGCUGCCGCCCAGCCUGCACCAGCAGAGCAAGAUGCCAAAGCGUCUGGCGCGACGGACGAGCCUCCGGCGCCGCAAGAGGCGGAAGCCUCUGAGAGCUUGCAGACAAGUCAAGCGCCAGCUCAAGGAGCGGCAGACCAGCCGGUCUCGGCAGGUGAUGCGAUGGAUGUCGACCCAGCUGAGCCAGCAGAUCCGUUCCAGCCAGUCAGCGUCUUCCGUGCACCAACUGGCACAACGCCUGCGGCAGCUUUGGCAGAGGUAUCGGAGAACGACUACACACCGACGAUCGCGCAUGCCCAGUUACAUCAAGCUCGGCUGCAACAGAGCUCACAGAACAAGAGACUUCUAUCAGAUCGAGAGCUGGAGUCGCAAGCUCAAGCCGAGGAGGAACGCCUGGCCGCUGUCUCAAAGAUCGCGGUGAAGGUUCGGUUUCCUGACAACACAUCUGCCCAGUGGACGUUUGGUCACGAAGCCACCGGUGCUACUCUGUAUCAGGGAGUCAGAUCUGUCAUGGCACACAAUACCCAGUCUUUCAGGCUGAUUAUUCCCGGGAGCAAGGUUGUCAUCAAGGACGAGGAUACUCCGAAGAACCGCCUGAUUCACGACUACAAGCUCACACGAAAUGUUCUUUUGAGCUUGGUGUGGGAUGACAGCGUGCCAGGAGACAUCCGCAAAAAGCCGUUUCUCAAGGGAAGCGUUGCAUCAAAGGCCACAGACAUUACAUUACCAGACCUACCCAAGUAUGUCGACGAGAAGGACGAGGAACAGCCAGCCGCUAAAGCAUCAAAACCGGAGAAGAGUGAGGGAGGAGAGGGCGGCGUUGCGAAGAAGCUACCCAAGUGGCUCAAACUGCCGGGAAAGAAGUGA